CCGGGCUCGACGGUGCCGCCAUUUUGUCUCUGUCAGUCUCGCGGCGGCGCGGCUGCAGCGUUUUGGAGGGGAGGGGAAGCAUUCGAGGCGGCGAUAGUUGGGCCGGUGGCGGACAGGCACCAUGAUUUCGGCAGCCCAGCUUUUGGACGAGCUUAUGGGCCGGGACAGAAACCUCGCCCCAGAUGAAAAGCGCAGUAACGUGCGGUGGGACCAUGAAAGCGUUUGUAAAUACUACCUUUGUGGGUUUUGUCCAGCUGAAUUAUUCACAAAUACUCGUUCUGACUUGGGUCCAUGUGAAAAGAUUCAUGAUGAAAACCUAAGAAAACAAUACAUUUUGGACAUUGAUAGGUAUGAGAAGAGUUCUCGAUUCAUGAAAGUAGGCUAUGAAAGAGAGUUCCUUCGCUAUUUACAGAGCUUGCUUGCUGAAGUUGAGCGUCGAAUUCGAAGAGGCCAUGCCCGUUUAGCAUUAUCUCAGACUCAGCAAUCAUCAGGUCAGGCAGCAGGACCUACUGGCAAAAAUGAAGAAAAGAUUCAAGUCUUAACUGAUAAAAUCGAUGUACUUCUGCAACAGAUUGAAGAACUAGGUUCGGAAGGAAAAGUAGAGGAGGCUCAAGGCAUGAUGAAACUUGUUGAACAGUUAAAAGAGGAGAGAGAAUUGCUCAGAUCUACAACUUCAACCAUUGAAAGUUUUGCAGCCCAGGAAAAGCAAAUGGAAGUUUGUGAAGUCUGUGGAGCCUUUUUAAUUGUAGGAGAUGCACAGUCCAGAGUCGAUGAUCACUUGAUGGGGAAACAGCAUAUGGGUUAUGCUAAAAUUAAAGCUACAGUAGAAGAAUUAAAAGAAAAAUUAAGAAAAAGAACUGAAGAGCCUGAACGUGAUGAUCGAUUAAAAAAAGAGAAACUAGAGCGAGAAGAGCGAGAGAGGGAGCGUGAAAGGGAAGAAAAGGAAAGAAAGCGACGACGUGAGGAAGAAGAGAAAGAAAAAGAGAGGGCUCGUGAUAGAGAAAGACGAAAGAGAAGUAGAUCACGAAGCAGACAUUCAAGCAGAACUUCUGACAGGAGAGGUAGUCGGUCAAGGGACCAUAAACGGUCAAGAAGCAAGGACAGAAGACGAAGCAGAAGUCGGGAUCGACGCAGAAGCAGAAGCCAUGAUAGGUCAGACAGAAAACACAGAUCACGCAGCAGGGACAGAAGACGGUCAAAAAGCCGGGACCGGAAAUCGUACAAGCACAGAAGCAAAAGCAGAGAGCGAGAACAAGAUAGGAAAUCUAAGGAAAAAGAAAAGAGGGGAUCUGAUGAUAAAAAAAGUAGUGUGAAGUCCAGUAGUCGAGAAAAACAGAGUGAAGACACAAGCAUGGACUCCAAGGAAGGCGAUGCUAAGAAUGAGGUCAAUGGGACCAGUGAAGACAUUAAAUCUGAAGUGCAGCGUAAGUAUGUACAGAUGAAGAUGGAGCUAAGACAAGUAAGAAGAGAUACUAAAGCAACUUCUGAAGGAAAACACAGUGUAGUCCUGCAAAAUCUUUUGAGGUACAUUGUUUUGUAUCGGCUAUUUUGUAGCAGACUCAUAUCCCCUUUAGUGUGCCUCUUGGGAACAUAUUUGUAAUUAUAGUCACCAUAGAAUUUAAUUAUCCUAUUUUUAUUUUUAGGGGAUUUGUUAUCUUUUUUAACACUUGAUCUGAUUUUGUAAUUAAGUCCAUAUUGUGUUGGUGCAUCAGAAACAUUUGCUUUAAUUCUUAAUAUUUGAGGCACAUAUUGGACUAUUUUGUUUUUAUAUAAACUGCUAGUAUUUCUUUGUCAAGGAUGUUUCUAGUUUUUUUGCUUUGCCUUGCAUUCUAAUGCAGUUUGUUCUGUAACUCGAGAGCCAGUAGCAUUGGAUUGAUGGAAGUGUAGGGUUUAUGAAUAAUUGCAGCUGACUACCAUACCUCACACAGCGUUGGUGUUGUGAGCGGCCCAUGAAAAGCCAAAUUAAAAAUCAAGGAUUCAGUCAAACUAAGCAGGUACUCAUGCCAGGUACUCCUUUCUCUACCCACAUCCAUGUUUGAAUGCUGUUGCCUGUAAUCUUUAAGCUUACUGUUGUGUGUUUUAUUUACAAAAAGUGAAAAGGAAUCUUUGUGAAUAUUUCGUGGAAAUUGUUAACCUGAUAUUAACUUGAUCGGCAUUUUCUUUCAACUGUGUGUAGGGAUGCAGUGCUGCCCAGAAUUAGAUAUCUUUAAAGAGUAUUAAAUGCAAUAAAUACUACCUAAUAACCGCCUUGUUACAUUCAAUGCAUUUCAAGUCUUUAAGAGGUAUGUGUUUAUAAUUUCCUACUGCGUAGGAGAAUUGCCAGGCAGCCAUGGCACACAGCAAUAUAUUACUGGCUGAUACCAGACUUGGGAGGCAAAUGAAAUAAAGGCCAAUGUCAGGAACACUCAGUAGGUAUAUAUAACUGGCAAGAAUAUUCACAUUGCUUCAUUAAAUGGAACUCAAUUUAAAUAUAAAUCACCUAUUCUUGACAUGAUUUUUCAGGGUCGUUCCUUUUAAAGAAUAGACCCAAAUAAAAGAAGCAGCCGAGCAUUCAUUUCCCUUACAGCAUAGCUGCAGCACUUCUAAGAACUGCUAGCCAAUUACCGAGCAGGCCUAUGCAUGUUUACACGGAAGUAAAUUCCAUUGUGUUUUAUGGGCCUUACUCCCAGAUAAGUACGCAUAGGUUUGUAAACUUAAGGGGUGCAGUCCUCCAAGCACUGAUGUUCAAUCUCUAAUCAUAUUUGCAGCUGAACCCCCAUGGAAUACAUGAAGCUUCCCAACAGCACUGAUUGGUGAAUUGUGCUAUCAUUUUUGUCCUUUUCUGUCACAUACAUAGGGGCUUUAAGUGUAUUGAUGAAAAGAGUUUUGAAAGUAGAGCGGGCAGCAAACAGGCAGUAGGAGUGGCAAAACAAGUCACCUCUGUCCACAUGAUCUGACUCUCUCUUCCCAACAUUUUUGCAUUAUAGGACAACCAUGUGACAAGCCUGCGAAGAAUCCUGAAGACUGCUUAAUACGAAGAUCUGCUUUAAAAUGAGGUGAAAGAAAGCUGUAGUGGCAUAGAAAAAAAUUAAAGUUCGGUUAGAUUGUUUUUUUUUUAAUUAAAAAAAUAAUAAUUCAGGACUGUUAUGACAUCUCAGAAUACAAAGAAGUUAAUAAGCAAGCUACUGAGAAUUUAAGUCUUUUUAUCAUUUUUUUUCCUAUAAGACUUUUAAGAUGAUAAACCAACAUAACCUGAACACAUGGCUUGCUCAGUGUUUAAUUGCAAGUUUUCAUUCUUGAACUACGAAAUACAAAAGUAAAUGUUUAGUAUUUGUGUGACUGAGAUUAAAACAAAUCCCAUUUUUACAGCCAAGCUAUAUAUAGCUUCUUGAUAUAUUCUAAUGGAAAUAAAGUAUCUAUGAAUUUCUGUUACACAUUUGAUUGUCAUUGAGUGUUUAAUAUUAAAUAGACUUCUUUCCA